AUCUCGAGCGCGCUAUCAAACCGGCCCGAUUCCCGGCCCAAGGUCAGCUCCAGCCCAAUCUCCCCGGGCCGAUCCACCGGCCAGACCCCCCAAUCGGGCCCCUCGACCUGGCCCACCACCAAGCUCGGCUCCACCGUCUCGACCGAGAAAGAGUCGUGGCUCGGCGCCCUCUCCACCGCCGCCGGCGCGAAAUCUAGCCGGUCAUACUCCCGGUCGCCGGACCACCCCGUGAUGGUGAACCUCGGCUCCUCCUCCUCCUCCUCCUCCGUCAGCCCCGCCGCAUCUCCGGCAGGCCCCUUGCCCCGCCUCCGCUUCCNGCCGGCGCGAAUCAGGCCGGCGGAGCCGUACACCGGGUUGAUUAUCCGACCGCAGAGCAGCGACCGGAAAGUCUCUGCCGGCGGCGAACAAAUAAUCCGU